AUGUUUUCUGGCAUGAUUUGCAUGGAUGCAGAUGCUGAUAUUGAACCCAAUGUUGAAUCAUUGAUUGAGAACUUGGAGGAUGUGAUAAUGGAGGAAUUGCCUGUGCCAUGUGUGGCUGGGUCUUCUAUGUCCCCUCCUGCCCCCUCUGUUCCUUCCUCCGCCGCUCCCCCUCAAUCUCCUACACCUGCCCCUGUGUCUGGUUCUCCCGCUCCCGCUACCCCUGUUCCCGCGACCCCCACUCCUGCUACUCCUGGUUUUGCUGCCUCUGCUUUUGUUACCAGCUCUCCCUGUUUCAAGAAGAUGUUGUAUAUCAAGAAGCUUUUUAUAACUGUAAAGUUCAACAUUGUGAAGAUAUCUGCUCUGAUGAAUUCUUUCAGGAUGAUAGAUCUGUAUCAGCCUAUUCUCUGGUGUCUGUCAUCUGACUUUGUGGUGCAGGCAAAAGAUAUCCAUGUUUUCAGGAAUGGGAAUGUGAAUAUUGUUCUCUUUUACACCCGCGGGCGUGAGGCUCAUACACCUUGUCUGGGAUGUUAUUGUGGGAAUGAGCUGUUUGCACACUGUGUUCUGCUUCCUGCAUUCUCCUAUGUCUCUCUCUCUCUUUCUGAGAAGCCUUGUUUCUUAGUUGCUUCAGUGCCAGAGACCAUUUUAAUCAAAGAUGACAAUGCUGCUGAGACUACUCUCUUCCACUCUCAAGCUUCUUCUGUCAUUUUCUCUCCCUUCUCUGCAGAGAAGAUUGUGCAUAUACCAGGUUGGGUCGAGAUGGCUUGGUCCCACACAUCCGCGGAUGUUUCAGAUAGUUCAUUCUCUGUGGUCUUCAUGAUUGAACUGAUGUAA